CGAUUCUUAGCCCAUGUGUAGCUGUAAAGAAAACUCUGUAUUGCAUUUACAUUUGAACCUUCUCUUCCCAGUAAAACAAAAUUGGAUUUCUUUUGAAUUGCCUAAUUGUUUUGUUUUAUGUUUCUUUUUAUCGUCAUGCAGAAAAUUGCUGGAUGAAAUCUGCUGCAUUAGUUGCAAAUAAUGUGAGUAAUUUCUGAGUGUUAUCUUCAAAACUAAGUAAUGGAUGCUAUAAAAAGGGCUAGUUAUGCUUCUAGGCAAAUUAAAGCUGGGCCUGCACCAUUGGCAUCUUUUGAAGACUUGCCAUCUGAUGAACUUGAGAGUCCUGAAGAUAUAUCUCAAGUGAAAAUUUAUACACCUAGUGUGUUUGAUGAUGAAUCGGGGAGUAGAGAUCUUCAAUUUAAUACUCCUGAUUCCUUAACGAUUUCAUCCCAAUCUACACCACAUAUAGAGAGUGAUUUUGAUUCACAUUUUACAUUAACACCUGGUGAACCUUAUCAAACACAAUCCUCUAAUGAGUUAAGGACUUCUUCUUUGUCAUCAUUGUCUAAGGAGGAUUCUGUGUUGAGUAUUAAACAAAAGAAAGGAUCUGCUUUAUCAUUAGGAACAAUUGGAGCUGCAGAAUCGGAAUACAAUCAGAGGAAGAGCUCAUGGACUGAUAUUUUUAAAAGCCAUAAUCAAAACAGUGCCAAAAGUAGUAGUUCUGUAUUAUCUCAACGGGAUUCUUCUGUUCCUUCUGAAAAGACAUUGAAAAAGUCUAAAAGUGAAAGUUAUAAAAAAGAGUCAACAGAGUCUAAGCCCAAAGAAAAAGAUAAAUUUUUAUCACUUUUCAAAAAGAAAAGUAAGAAAAAUAUUAAUUCUCCAUCACCACCUGAAAAUUUCUUUCACGGGGAGAAACUGAAUAUUUCAGAACAACAUCGAGAUUUACUUGAAAAAGGAACAGUAAAACUAAACAAUGGGGUUAUUUCUAAAGGAAAAGAAAAUGAAUUUAUUUCUAAAGGAAAAGAAAAUGAAUUGCCAAAAGAAACAGAAUCGAGGCAUAUAGCUAAGGAAGCUCAAAAUGAUUUGGGAAAAGUAAAUUCGGAGCAUAGAGAUAAAAUACCUGAUGAGCGUAGACUUAAUCGUAAAUUGAUUAAUAUUAGCGAAAAAAAUAUAAAUGAAAAGUCAUUUGAGAAGGAGUACAAUAUUCUGUCACGACCAGUUGAAGAAAAAGUUAUAGCUAAUGUACCUGAGAACAAAAAUGUUCAGGAUGUUGUUGAGGAGAGUCAUGAAUCAUCAGAAUCGGAAUUAACAUUUGAGUUAAAAGAAACUGAACCUGAAAAAAAGGAUGAUGAUUUUGAAGCUGAAAAUCUGUUAACACAUGAUUUAUCUGAAAUAGAUGAAGAUUCUGUAAUUGAAUUACAGCCAUUUGUAUUUGAAGUUCCAAAGCAAGUUAUUAUCCCAUCUAGGCAGCAAAGGUUGGAAAUUACAACAAAGCCCAUUGAUAGACCUCGUAGUACUACACCCAUCAAUGUUGCUCCCUUAGAAGCAUUUAUCCAGUCAGUAUCUCCCACAAUGGACUCUACAAUUUCAAAAAUCAAGCUCUCUUUACCAGGGGAACAAUUUACUGUACGUGUUAAAAGUCCAAAAAAGUCAUCAGUGAAGAGUUGGACAGAUUUUUGUGAAAGAGGCCUUCAUAGUCCCAGAUUAAAUAAAAGGAUUGACAAAAUUGAUUCAAGAGAUCCAGAUCCCUUUAAUGAAACUGAUGGUGCUAAUUCUCUUCCUGAUGUGCCAUUUUCUACAUCUGAUCAAAAUUGGGCAGCAUUUGAAUCAAAUUUUGAAAGCUCUCAACCUAACAUUUUCAGUGACAAUUUCAUUGAAACUGUGAAUUGCAAAUCUAACGGUGAAACCCAUGAGCAAGCACCCAAAAGAUUAGUAGACCCAUAUCAACCUUUUGAAACCAGUUUCAAUGUUUUAUCAUGUUCCUGUGAAUGUCAUGUUUAUGGCUGUAGUAAUUGCGUUGGGGCCUCUGUAUUUCAGAAAAGUGAAAUACAGUUAGAUGUUGAUUUGGAAAGUUCUACAUCAACAAACUCUAAAAGUUGCACUUGUAAAUGUCACUGUAAAAAUGAUACUGUAAAAAGUGCUCUUUUAAAUGACAGUUUCAAUUGUGAUGUUGCCAAAGUUUUUGUUUCUGAGAGGUAUGAAAAGUCCUAAAUAUAUAAUACAUGCUCCUCCUGCAUUAAAAACUGAAAUGGAGACUGCCAUUAGGAAUGUUUGAAUAAAAUUGGAAAAAUAAAAUGAGUUUAUUAUGGAAUCAAAAAGAAGAGGCCCUGUAACAAUCUUUUAUUUAUUUAUCUAGCAGUACUCAAAGUUGUAAUUUUAUAUUCUUCUGACAAAUACAUUGUGUAAAUAUGUAAGCUUAAAAAUGAACUGUGAGUAUGUCAUCUUUGUUAGUUUGUAUCAAAUUUUCAGUCUUUUUUUUUUUUUUUUUAAUGCAAUUAAGGCUUUUUUCUGUUUUGUAUAAACCUCAAGCAUAUCUUAUGUAAAUUUUCAUGUUAAAUGUGCUUUCAGUUCUGUUUAGCAAAAUAUUAGUAUUUCUUUCUUAAAAUUGCAUCCACUAGAACUGUCAAGUCUAAUUCUUUUAUUCUUAAAUGCUUAUGAUGUAUUGCAUGUAGCUCUGUGUAUUCAUAUAAUAAUAAUACUGAAAUUAACUUUUAGUUAAUGCUUAUAUAAUUAAUUUAAGCAUACUUAAUGCUUAAGAUAUUUUCAGCUGGUCAUAUUUAUAAAACACUCAGUUUUUAGUUUAAACACUUUUAAUACUAAAGAUUUGUCAAGUUGUUUGCUUCCUUUUCCUAUUUAUACUACUCAUAUCAUUACCAAACUGUCUUGGAAAUAAGUAGUCUGUCCAGUAAAUAUGCAAACUUAUGUUGCAAACAUUGUAUUUUAUAAAAUUAGAGUACUUCAAUCUUAUUCCCUUCAAAAUACUCCCCAUUUGUAGCAAUAUACUUGUCCCACAUCCCUGUCCGUUGUUGAAAAUAUCCCUGGAGGUCUUAAGUAGUCCUUCAGGUACUUUGUCAUUUCACGUUUUAUCAUUUCCAUAUAAUAUGACAACCAUGAUUCAUCACCAGAGAUGAUCCUUUCAAGGAAAUCAAAAGUUUUCACCUAGUUUUUUCAGUCAGUGCAGCAUUUAAUCGUUCUCAGCUUUUUGUCAAGUGUUAGCAACUUUGGGACAGUUUUUGCACACAAUUUUCUCUCCAUAUGCUCUCUUAAAAUUGUGUGCCCAGAUAAUAUUCCUCAGUUGAUCAGCAAUCAUUCAGACAGUUAAUUGAUGGUCAGAAUAAACAAGAGAUUUCAUACAUUUGAUGAUGUCUUCAACACAGGAGGUCAGCAGUCGUUUUGGCCUUGCCUAGUCCUUCGAAGUCUUCAUGGCCCUCACUCAAAUGCUUGAUCCACUUGAAAAGAGCUGUUUUCUUGUAUGUGUUAUUUGCAUAAACAGCCCUCAACACUUCUUGAACUUCCUGAGAGCUUUUUCUAAAUUUCACCCAAAAUUUGAUGUUGAUUCGUUGUUCCAUCUGUUCAUUAAUAUUCAUUAUUGACAAGAACAAUAAAAUCCACCUCUAGCUGGACAUUUGCUUUGACGGUCUGGUGGUUACUGUCACUCUAGGAAGUUCCCUACCAACAAAAUAGCAAGUGCACAUGGCCUAAUGUCGACUCAAGGUCACCAUGCUACCUCAGUUUACAUAUCUAUCGGACAGACUAUGCAAUGUUUGUGUAAAUCCCAGAAAUUAAUGUUGAAAUAAUCGUUUGGCUCCAAACAUCGGUAAUUUUAAUGUGAAGAUGUAACGUGUUAUAAUGCAGAAUACUACUACUACACCUAUAAUUAUUGUUCAGAAUACGUUAUGUACUGUAUUUACUCGCAUAUUUCUCUCCCUCACAUAUUCCUUUCUAGUUUAUCCAGCAUAUGUUUUAAGAACUUCUGAUUUAUAAUAACAGUGUAAAAUUUAUGUGCAAGUAGGGAAUUAUUUUUGUUAAAACUAUGAUUGAAAUUGAUAAAUCUUUUGAAAAACAUAAUAUAAUAAUAUUAGAUAAUAAUAUUAGUGUGUCUCUUGUCCUUUUUAAUUUGCUGUGUUUAUCUCAUUAGAAAUGAUAUAUGCCACAUAUUUUCUCCCUUCUGAUUUUCGAGUGGUAAAAUUAAUAGGAAAAUGAGGAAAAUAUGUGAGUAAAUAGGGUAUAUAUAUUUGUAUUUCAUUUUUUAGUUAAAGGAAUUGUAAUAAAGUUUUAGCUGUUUUAAUUUAGAAACCUGGUAUGAUAUAUUACUGUACACUAUUCAGUAGAAAACUCUGCCCUCCCGUCAUUUUGCCUACUUUAUGGCAGUGCUAACUUCCAUAACUAUUAUUUCAUGAGAACCAUUCAUGAAAUUCUUGUCAUCCAUAAAAUUGGACCCCAGAGAAAGACAAUCUGAAAUACUAGAAUUAAUAAACUAGCAAAUUUUGCUGAAUUUGAAGUCUUAAUAUAUAAUAGUUGCACCAUUGAGACUUAGCUUUACUCUGUUCACAUUCUGAAACAUAUCAGCUAGUCUGCAACGUUCCUAAAUGUGGAAAAAUUUUAUUUAUUUUCUGCUUUUAUUUACACGACUGCAUAUUUGUAGUUUAAUAGUUCAUGUUUAUGACUCUGAAAGUAAGUAAUAGUUUGGGGAGAAGCAUUUAUCAUAAACAAAUAUUUUACAAACUCUGCAAUAAAAUUUUAAAAUAUUUCUAUCUACUGAUAGAUUAACAGAUGCAACUUAAUUCUUCUGAAUGAGAAAAAGUUUUAUUAUCAUAUAAAAAUGUUUUUAUAUGAUAUUAUUUAUUGUUUCUUAUAUAAAUUUUUAAAUAAAUUCAAGCUGUAUUGUAUUAAAAACACAAUUCUUGAUUUAUUUUUAUUUUUCAUCAUCAAUUCCUUGAUUUUAAUUUAUAUCAUUUUUGAGAAUCAGGAAAAUUCAGAAAUUCAAACUGUUUUAAUAUCUGGACUUUUGGAUUUCUGUUUCAUAAAUUAUGCUAUUUUAAAAAUUAUUUUUUUUAAAAUUUAUAUUACUUUUCUUGUUGAUGAACUGUCCAUAUUCUAUCAACAUGCAUUGAAUAAUGGUUAUUAAACUUUUUUUCCCUUCCCUCUAAAUUUUAUUAAGUAGGAUGUAUGCUUCUCAAUUCUGUUCUGCAGUGUGCUUGAAAUUAUCUAAUCAAAUUAAAACUCCUAAAGUAAAAUGUUACUGUUUUUAACAGCAUUAUUUGCAUGUAAAAUGUAUAUAAAUGGCACGUAUUUGCUCACUGAAAUAAAUGAUAUGAUAGUGUUUCGAAAAAAUGCUUCUCUAAAUUGCUCUCUGUAAAGUUCACAAAAAUGCUUCAGAAGACCUUUGCAGACUGGUGGGUAUAUAUAUGUAGUUGUCUAGGAACAGAUUUGUUUACAAAAAUAUUAUAGUUUUUGUAAUUUUAUUCAUGCUGCUCAGGUAUAACCAUUUUGUAUUUUGUCUGACUUCUGUAAAAAGAGCCUUGUGAUUUUUGUCAAUCUUUCAUUUGAUGUAUUAUUUUUAUGUUUUCAGUAUUCAUUUAGCUUGCUCUCUUUUAUUAGAGAAUGCAUGAGUAAUGCCAUUUUCUAUCAUAUGAUGUAAAUUUAGUAUGUUAUUUUAAAAAUGACAUUUAAACAACAUGUCAACAUAGUAUUCUGUGACUCAUCUUGCAUGUUUAUCAAGUGUUUGUUCUAUCCCAUCUUUAGAAAAUUCUGGGGUUGGGGGUUCUGGGGGAAAAAGAUUGCAAAUGUUCAACUGGUAUAUUUAUUUCUGAUUCCUUCAUAAGAAUUGAAUUCCCCUCCCAGCAAGAAGCGAUUCUAUGGAAAGAUGAUAAUGAGGUAAAGAAAAUAAUCCGUGAUAUAAAGGAGAAUUUCCCACCUGAGUUCCCUAAUUUUUUGUUGAAUUAUCAUUGUAGGGUAAGAUCUGUUAUCAUGCUGGAAGAAAAAUUCCUUUUCUAUUGAUCAAAAUAGGUCCUUCCCCCCUGUAAUGGCUGCUUUUGUCAAUCAAGUUGAUUUUUUUAAAUAUCUGGAGGAUUGGUUUCUUUAUCAUUAAGCAGCUGCUAAAAAUGAUCAGCUCCAUGAAUGUCCACCAGACAUAUAGGAGAACCUUCUUUCUGUAAAUAUUGGGCUUUAGGAUUUUUCUGCAGAAGAAAGCCGGUUUGUUUCCAUCACUGAAUCGGCAAAAUAGUUACCCUGCCCUCCCCAGUUGAAAAUACUUAGUUAAUAUAGUAAUAUUAUAUAUGAAUAAAAUUAUAACAUUACUAUAAAAAGUAAAAAAAAUCGACUUCUUCCAGCUGAUUUUCUUUACGAAGAAAGAAACUUGCUAGCUCUACUGAUAAUGUACAAUUUCCAAAAUUUUACUUUACCCUGAUAAUGUUUGCAGUACAUUAAAUCUUGUAUGAUAGAGAAAGGAAUGUAUCUUUUUAAAAAUUUAUAUGGGCUAAUGAAAUUAAAGUUUAGCUGGCUUAGAGCAGAUUUUCUACUUUGGGAAUUUAUUCACUCAAAAUUAUAAGAAAGGUUAUUGUGCGUAAUAGCAAAAAAUUCAGUUUUAUUCCAUUCAUUUUAAAUUAAAAUAUUAUUUUGAUAUAUAUGUUAUCGGUAUGAAUUGAAAUUCUCUUUCAGAGUCUGAAUUUCCAGAUGUGAAAACAGAUCUCCUAGCACUUAACUUAUAUGUAUACAUUACUAAAAAAAAUUGUUGCAGGCAUAGAAAUAAGGCUAAUUAAAUUAUAAAGAAAAUGAAAAUAUUUAAAUGAGUAAUAUGUUAGUGCUGCAUGUGAAUAAGUUCAAAAACUUGUUUUACCUAUUCCUUCCAGUGUAGUGGAAGAAACAAGUUUUUUCCUGUGGGUUUUUCCAUUCUGGAAGAAUUUGCCUACCCUACUUCUAAUGUAUUUUUAAGCUUAAAAUUGCGACUAUGAAAUCUGUUGAACCAUGAUUGGCACUUGCAAGAAUCUAGACAAAUUGCAUUGAUAUUCAUAAUUGUAGUAGUCAAUUAAAAUGAAAGUAUAUAUAAUGCAUAAGCUUCUGGUUGUUUAUUUUUGAUUUUAUAAAAAAUAUUUAGUAUACUCUCAAAAAUUCUCAGCUGAAGGUACAGUGUGUGCAGACUUUAAUUACUAAUACUGGAAUGAGUUUAAUGCUAUACCAAGGCUAAGAAGUAUACCAAAAAGCAUAUGCCUACAAAUGACAUUAUUUGUGGGUAUAUAGUAUUUUUUUUUUUUUGUUUGUUUGUUUGUUUGUUUUCCAGAUAGAUGUAUGUGUGUUUAAUUGUUUAUGGUUAGUUUAUGUAAAUAAAAUAAUUUUUUCCUUUUAUAUAUUAAUGUUAAGCAUAUACUUAAUAGUGUUCGAGCAAAAAUCAUUUUAUUUCUUUCUUGUCAUAUUGACAAGCAGUCCUUUUUUAGGCCAGUCUACUAUUCAAUCUUUCAAAAAAAUAUUUUACUCUUGAUGCCAGUUAUUGCCAAUUUUAAGGUAAUCUGCUGCUUACAUUUUCACUAAAAUAUAUUUACAUCACUUUAUAUUAAGCAUGUUCUAAAGUUUUCAGAAAAAGAAAUAUAGUGAAUCUAUCUAGUCAAAAAUUAGUAUUAUUAUUAACUGAAUGGGAGGUAUUCAAACUAUUUGAUUCUCAAAUGUAAUAAUUUUUAAUUACUUACAGAAGAAACAAUCGGUUACAUGUUGCUGAAAGUCUAAUGCAGUGCAAUUUAUUUGAUAUCUAAGUUAUCUAGACUGCUGUAUUUUGUUAAUAAUGGUGAUGACUUUGAAGUGAUUUUAUGUUAAGAACUUUAAUUGAAAUUAUGUUAAGCUUAUGUAAACAAGGUACUGAGUUAGAGGUAUUAUUAAUGUUAUAUAAAUUGAUCAUCUUAUAUGUAUUACUGUAUUGAAUUUUUUCCUUAAACAAAGAAUUCUAUUAGAUUUUUCUAAUCCUUAACACACUAACAGCCUCUAAAUGAGUCCGGUUUUCUUUCCUAGCAUGAUUACAUUUGCAAAUAAAUGUAAAGUAUGAAAAUAUUGCUUCUUGGAAAAUAGAGACCAAUACAUCAAAUUGUUUUUUAAAAUCUCUAGAGAGAUUUCUUCUAUCACCGCUGUAUAAUUUUUUUUAAAGCUGAGAUAAUUAAUUUUCUGUACGCAUUUAAAAAUUUAUCAUUAACUAAAGCAGUAUUGAGAAGGUGAAUGUAAUGGUAAUUAAGGCUAUGAGUCUAAUUUUAUUGUUUCUAAAAGCAGAAUUGUUUAACAGUUAUGUUUUAAUUUUUUAAUAUAAUGUAACUUCAAAACAGUAAUUUAUUUUGUGUUACAGUUUUUAAUUAUUAUUUAAUUUUUUUUAAUCUUAUACAUUUUUAUAGCAGAUCAAAAUUCUUGAAUCAGUAUUUCCAGAAUUCAUUCAUGAUAGGAUAAAAAUUAACUCUUAGUGCUGUAAAAGACCAGAAAUCUACAGAGCUUUAGGUUAAAAGCUGUGCUGAUUUUAAGAGUUUUUCAAAUUUUAAGGCAUAAUAAGAAAAACCACUUAAGCUAAAAAAGUUAAAUAAAGUAAUUUGUUUGUAGAACAAAACAGGAGGCAUUCAUAAGAAUAUAAAAACAAAAAGCAUAUUAAGUUAUGUGUAAAAUAUUUUUUACUUUUUCAAAAAAUUUUUAGUGGUUUGUUUUAAAAUGUAGAAUUUGAAUGGUUAUUUAUAUUUGGUGGGGGGCAGUUUUUGUUUGUAUGUAAUUAUUAUUUAUUGAUUAUUCUAAAAAUUUCAAAUACUUUUUUCCUGACACCAAAUCUUUAUCAGAUGUCAAAUUAUUUAUUGCUUUCUAUAUCAUCAACAGAGUCCGCCCCUCCACAGGCUUGUCAGCAGUGUCAUCAUCAGUUGUUUGAAAUUAAUCUUUUAAAUUCAUUAAAAAUUGUCAUUCAGAUCUUUGCAUUGUUGUCUUAAAACAUUUGUUGCUUUAGAUGUGCAGUUAUAAUUUUUUUAAUUUGGGAGCAGCUAUAGCUUUAGCUAAGCCAAAAAAAUUCACUAAUAUCAUACUUAGUGAUGCAUUUAAAAUGUCUUGAAUGAAAAAUUAAACACUUAAAUAUUUUUUGUAAUAUGCAGUUAUUUGAGGUCUAAUUUAUUUGAUAAAUGUGAUAGUUAAGAAUAUGUCAUCGUAUUCAUUUUUGGCUUUUAAAGAGAGAAAUGUGUUUGAUUAUUAUAUUUUAUUGUUUAGUGGUAAAAAAAGGGCUUCAGUAAAAGAUUUACAUGUUUAGAUUUAUAUAAAAGUAUCAUAAUUGUAGAUUGACUCUUAAAAAGCACAUGCUGCAUUUUAAUACACAGCAUUUUAGAUCUGUGAAUGAUUUUAUGUUUGUAUUUUUGAUCUGUAUAUCAUUUGCAUUAGUUUGUGAAGAAAGUUAAAUAUUAUUGGUAGAGUUUAAUUCCAUUUUUUAGUACAACCAGGUUGGUUUAUAAUUGAGAAACUAAUUUAUUAAGUUUAUAUAUUUAAUUAUUAUUAAAACUUUUAACUAAUGUAUUUUUUUAAUAUGAAGUUCUCAAUUUCUUGCGACUCUUAUUAUUAUAUAAAAGUUAUUUUUAGAGCAGAGUUCUAAUUAAUUUGGGAACUGAUUUAUGAUUCAAAUAAAAAAGAUGUAUUCAUAGUGUAAAAAUCUUGUUAUUCGCUAAUUUAGUGAGCUUAGAUUUGCAUCUGUUUUAAAUGAAUAAUACUGUUACUAAAAACAUUUUUAAGAAAAUUUUAAUAUCUUCAAAUUAAUAGUGUAUUUUAGAUAUGUUUCUAAAAAAACUAUUUGAAACCUGCCAUGUACAUAAGCUCUUGUAAAAGUUUUAUACUGUAAAUUCAUAUAUUUCUCUCCCCUUUCUGCCUUAUUGUUCUUUUUUGUGUUUCUCCUGAGAAGCAUAGGAAAGGCAAUUUUAUAUCUGUCCCAACUCUUAUCUGUAGAUUAUGGGGAAAAAAUCAUUCAUCAGCACUUGAUAGAAUAUUUAUGAAUGAUUAUUGGAAAUUUAUAUAUAUUAUCUCUGUACAUGCAUAUAUAAAAAUAUGAUUGAAUUUUGUGCAAGGUGAAAAAUAUAUUCAAUCUGUGAUGUAUAAUAGCUGAUAUCUUGCAAUAUAAGAGUUCUCUUAUGGUAAUUGUUUGAUGUUUAUAAAUCUUUUCAAAUAACAUUUCUGUUAAAUACUUUGUGGAAGGAGGAGUAUUUCAAGUAGUGUUUUCCCACUUUAAUGUGCUUAUUACACGUCAUGUUGUGCUUCUAAUAAUACAUUAUCCAUGACUUAUAUUUUCUCUUUUGUAAUUUAAAAUCAAAUUACUAGUACAUUUUUAUAAAAUUGAUUUUACAUGUACUGUGCAUUUUUUUUAUUACAGAAGUAUGAACAAUCGUAUCUUUGUUUUGUUAUUUUUUUGUAAGAAACAAAAAUAUGUAAAGAAAGCAUUUCCUUUUAAAACUGCAAGUAGCCAUUAUCAAAAAUAAUGCUGAAAUCUACAGUAUUAAACAAAUAUAUUGAAUAUUGUUUAUCUCCAUUUGAAUUUGAUUACAGUUAUGAUACUAUUUAUGAAAUGAGAAUUUGUAUGAAUGCAGAAUCUGUGUUACUAUAAUACUGUGCUAAUCUUCUGGCUGAUACUGUAGAAUGUUAGCAAUACAAGUAACAAAAUAGCACAGCAAUUACAGCUGCUAUUUUUAAACAGAAAAACAGGUGUCCAAUAUUUAUAGCAUGUUCACUUCUAAAAGAAUUAGAAAAUGCAUAUUUCUUUGAAAAUCUUUGGAAAGUUAUUUUACCUAUUUUCUAGCUUCUUGACAUUUACCUAUUUAUUACCUUUCUCAUGAAGAUGUUAUGAUGUUAGUAUGGCAAUAAUCCUAUUAAACACUAGGAUUGUUUAAAUAAAAUAAAGUAUGUGUGCAUAAUACCCGCUAUUUUAUUUCAUAACAAACAUUUCUUAAAAAAAUAUAUUUUAAAAUGAAUCAUUUCGUGUUUGAUUACUCAUUUAAUUAAUAUUUUAUUAAAAUUAGGUAACAUUCAACCUUAAAUAGUUGGAUUGAAAAACUGUGACUUUUUAAAGAUCCUCCUAAAUUUCACAAAGUGCAUAGUUUUUGUAUAAAACAUACCAAUCAAAGGUAGAAUGGUACCUAUUCUUGCCCUUCCAUAUGGAUUUUUAUCUCCCUCCCUAUCUUUAAUGUUUAGACUUUCACUGAUAAUUUAAUUCCUGUUAUUUUUUAGGAAAUAUUUUAGCUUUUUGUUUAGUUUAUUAUAGUAAAUUAUGCAUUUGCAUCUAAUUUAACAUUUAUUCAUAAUUGUAUUUUUACUAGGACUAAAUGUAGUUAAAAUUUUAAAUGAUUCCUUUUAUAUCUUUAUUGGCAUAUUAAAUGUUUGGGUUUUUAAUGAGUUAAAGAUGAAAUUUGUGGAUUAUUAUAUUAUGGAACAUUUACUUAUCCUCUUGCACAAAGUUUGAGAGCACUGUUAUUUAAUUCUUUCUCUAAUGACUUACAUAUUCUAGUUAAAAUAGGUUUAACUUUGUCAAAAUAAGCAGUUUUGAAAAAAGUAAUCUGAGUGAGUAAUCUCAAAAAUGUAACAGAUAGUGUACAAGUAUAUAUAUUUUGGAAAUAUUUUAAAUUGUUUUGAUGAGUUAUGAGAUUAAUUACUUGACUUUUUUUCUUGUAAUAUUUUGAAGUAUUUAUUAUGUCAUGUUUAUAUUUGUCUAAAUAUGGUUCAGAUUUCAGAUAGUUUGUGUAUUACAGAGAAAUAAUAUAUAUAAAUAAAAAUUAAAGUUAAUGAAGAAAACAAUGCAUGUUGCUAGCCACCAUUUAAAUAAACUUUAGUGUAGAUAAAAAAAGGUCAGAAAGAAUAAAUUUUGCCCUUUUCCAUGAAAUGAUGCAUGAUAAAUAAUAUCUUACUAUUAAUAUAUAUAUUUUUUCAUUUUACAGUUUUUUCAGUUCACCAGAUUGCAUUUAAGUAAUGUGUUUGUUUUUGGAAGAAUUACAAAUAUUCUGAGCAAAUGACAUUUAGUUAUGUUUUUCAUUGCAUUCAUUUUGUCUUAAAGUAUUUCAUAAUCUUUUUAACUCUUUGAAUCUAGGAGUUCAAUUUUUAAACUUAUUUUCUGUACUUGACAAAAAUAUUAGCAUAUUUUAAGUGUAGCCAUUUUUCAAAUGAAUUUGAGUACAAUAGAUUCAUUAAAGUUCUAAUUGCAUUAUUAUAUACACCAUAUCUUUAUUUGAGAGCAUGAGAAUAAAUUGGAUAUGUCGUUAUAUAUUUCCUAUAAAUUAACACGUUUUAACAAGGUAUUCGAGCUUUCUAGAUAAGACCAAAGUAAUUGUGUUGCUGAUACUAUCAACCAUAUUUAUUUGAAAGACAAAUUGUUACAUUUACCAGUUCAACAUAUUUUUGCCAGGUGUAAAAGAGGUACAAAAUAUUUCAUAAAGAUUAUUUUAUUUUGACAGUACAAAAGUGAGAGACUUCUGUAUUUUUCCUCCAUCUAAGGCAUGCUUAAUUGCCAGUUUAUAAAAUUAAAUAUGAUGGGCCAUUUUAUAAUCAUGUUUUACAUUGUAGCUUGAUGAGACAUAUUUGCUGUAAUUGUUAUAUGUAAAAUAAUGAUUAGGAAUUAAAAUUUGUGUAGCCAUAAUUCGUUACAAAUGAAAAUUGUUAAGAGGCAUGUUAUGGGGGAAUAUAAUAGCUCUAUAAUCAGACUUUUGUUCCUUCACUUUACGAAGCUUUUUUUAAUUUAGUCAUGUUUUCUGAAUAUCGGUAUUUUUUCUUUCAUUAUUCAAGAGAAAAAAAGUAUUUAUAAAAAUUAAACAUUUUGUUUCUCUCUCUCUCUCUUUUUUUUUUUUUUUUUUUUCCCCUUUUUCAAUGUAUAGUUGUCAUUUGAAAUCUUAAGUACUCUAAAAUUUUUCUAGAGUGUUUCAAAAAAUUCUAGUGUUUCAAAACCAUAAGUUUUUGUAAAAAUUUCAUUUAUAAAUGUUUUAUUUGUUGUUGUAAAUUUCAUAUUCAGUUUAAAUGGUUUCAUUUUUUAAAUAUUCAUUUUCUUGCUUUAUAUAUUUUGUAUUAUUAGUUUGCUUAGACUUGAGAGAGUCAAUUCAACUAGAUUUUGUGCAAUUUGCUACGCAUUUAUUUUUUGUUUUAUAUGCGUUAUGUAUAGUUCAUUUAGUUACGCUGUAUUUGCUAUAGAUUUUAUUAUGCUAUAUGUAUUUGUGUGUCAAGCAAAACAAGCCAAAAGAAAAUUUUUCCCCCAACAUAUUUUUGUUUAAAAAUGAUUUUUCAUUUUUAUGAAAAUGAUUAAAAAUGAUUUUUCAUUUUUAUGAAAAUGAUUAAAAAUGAUUUUUCAUUUUUUCUUGGUCAGUAGCAGAACAAUCACAUAGUUCUAGUGAUUUAAUCUCUUUCUAGAUUACGUAGUAUCAAGAUGUGUAUUUUUAAAAAUUGUUCUUAAAUUUCUUCCAAAUAAUAUGGAAUAAUAUAUAUACUCAUUUUUUAUUGAGUCUACCAGUUUUAUUAAGCUUUAUAAAACUAAUUGUGCAUAUUAUAUUUAUGAAAGUGAAAGAAUCAUAUGCUCAAUCUUUUACGUUCCCCAGUUGUUUGAUUGGCACCAGUCAUUCCAGUUCAUGCGUGUAUUGUAUGGAUGCUGUUUCCUGUAGUAUUGUUACAUUUUGAUGUGAACAUAAAUUAUUUAUUGAAAUAAAUGUUCUCGUUACCCA